GAGGCAGAAUAGAGCGCCGGGGAGUCCAAAGGUCCGAGUCCGGGGGCCUCCUGAAACUCAUCGAGGGAGGAGGAGGAGAGAGGAGGUGCUGAAAGGGGGCUCGAUACCGCCCCUACCACCACCCCCCCAAAAAAAAGAAGGAGAAGAAGGAAAAAAAAAGCCUGGAAGAAUUGCGCUCCGUCAGUGCGCCCUGCCUGCCUGCCUGCCAGUCGGAGGAUGGGGAUUUUUUUUCCAUUCAUCCACGUCCCCUUUUCCCUCCUCCUCCUCUCAAACAAGCCAGUCGGUCUGUCAAUGCGCUGCGAGCAUUAGGGCAAGUCAAAGCAGUGGGACUGCGAGGCACACAGAGACGGAUGAGAUAAGGAGCGAAGCGCUGUUUUUUUUUUUCUCCUCUUUUUCUCCCUCCCGGACCGAGAAGACGCGACGCGUCCCGCUCUCCAAAUGACGCGCUCCAGCGGAUAGACGUCCAUUUCUCCACCGGGACCGAUGCGCACCGCGCGCACCUUCCCGUUUCUCAUCACUUCACAAGUUUCACGUUGGACAUUUCUCAGAGUGGGGAUGCUUUUCUAAGCUCUUUGGUUCUGUUCCUCUCAGUUCUCUCUCGUGUCAACCGAUUCUUGGAUUUAUCACCGUUUUGGAAUCUUGUUCAAGAAAAGGAAAAAAUAAAAAAAUAAAUUCCCAGCGAUCCACUUGGAAGGAUUUGCGGAUUUACAGUUCAACCUGUGUGUUUUUUAGGAUUGUAACAGACUGACUGAGCCCUCCGAGCAUCAACACGUCUUCAUGGGGAUGGAGCUGUGGACACGAGUGGCAUCUUUUCCGUUUUAGAUGGUUUUACCUGCGCCGUUUUUCGCCCUUCUUCAUCUCGACUGACAUUAUUUCGUCCCCUUCUAACCCUGACAUGCUGGAAGGUGGAUUUUCUUGCGAGAAAACAAGGUAAUGGGAGAGAAAUCAUCCAGAGUCGGCUCAGAGAACAAGGGAACAUUGUUCGGAAAAAGACAAUUAGGGCGCAGAGAAAGGCAACAGAAAUAGCUCCUGGGUGGCGAGAAUUUUUUAUUUUUUUAUUCUGUGGAGUUUAUAAUUGAGCCCGAGGAGCGUUGUUGGGUUCUUUUUGUGGAAAACUAAGGAGAAAUUAACAGGGGAAAGUCAUGGGAUUGGCUCUGAAAUAGUACGGAGAAAGCCCGUGGGUUUCUUCUUUCUUUUUUUCUCCCUUCUUUAUUAUUUUUUUUUUCUUGGACGCACGGAUUGAACAACUUUCUCCCGCACCGUUUCGGCGUGGUUCCCGAGCUGCGAUCGGGGAUCCAUGAGGCUGUGGUUCUCUCUCCACACGCUGACUGUCUGAUACACCUUCUUGCAGCCUCGCGUCCAUUGUUUUGAGAGAUCUCUCCGCGCGCGCCGGCGCUGGAAACGCACACCUGAUCCCGGUCGCUUCUCGCUCGGAUGGGGCUGCACAGGCUGGGCGUCGGGGUCGAAAUGGCGUGUGGGAAUGGAUUGUGGAUCCUGCUGGUAUUCUUACUGGAUUUACUGGGGACGACGGCCAGCAACAUGGAGCCCAUCUACUGGAAUUCCCUGAACGAGAGGUUCAGGGACGACAAAGGCUACGUGCUGUACCCUCAGAUCGGGGACCGGCUGGACCUCAUCUGCCCCCCUCUGGACACCGUCCGGUCCACGCCGGAGUACGAGUUCUACAAGCUCUACCUCCUGUCGUCGCGGGAGCAGGCCGAUCACUGCGAGGUGACGGAGACGUCCAACAUCGUCCUCACCUGCGACGAGCCCACCCGCGAGCGCCGCUUCACCAUCAAGUUCCAGGAGUUCUCGCCCAACCUGUGGGGCCACGAGUUCAAGAGCAUGCACGACUACUACAUCAUCGCUACAUCAGAUGGGACGCGUCAAGGCCUGGAGAGCAUGCGGGGCGGAGUGUGCGCCACGCAAGGCAUGAAGGUGGUCCUGAAAGUGGGACAGAGCCCGUAUGGACUGAUUCCAAAGAAGGAGCCUCCGGCGGGACGCACCACCAGCAGAAACCCAGGGAGUGCCGGAAAUUCCACCCAGCCUCGAGGACCGUUCGGGGAUGACGGCAGAGGUGAGAACGGACCGCUCCAGUCCUCCAACAUCGCCCUGAUCGCCGGCGCGGCGGGCGGUUCUGCCUUUCUCCUGCUGGUCACGGCGGUGAUCUGCGUCGUGUGCUACCGGCGGAGGCACGCCAAGCACUCGGACACCCACCACCCUCCGCUGUCCCUGUCCUCCCUCACCAGCCCCAAGCGGGGAGGCGGUGGCGGCAUCACCAGCUCCAACAACAACGGCUCGGAGCCCAGCGACAUCAUCAUCCCCCUGCGGACGUCGGACUCGGCCUACUGCCCACACUACGAGAAGGUGAGCGGGGACUACGGGCACCCCGUCUACAUCGUCCAGGAGAUGCCGCCUCAGAGCCCGGCCAACAUCUACUACAAAGUAUGAGAGGGCCACCGCUCCGGCCGACCGGACAAACCCACCUCCCCUCCGCUCAUUACCGACCGACCCCCGCCCGCUCAGAAUGAAGCCACAGCAAAGCUUGCCACCACAGCUCCAAACCCCGAUCCCCUCCAAACCACCAGUGUUGCCCGUGGGACCCCCCACCCCCCCACACACAAACCCCCGCCACAGUCGUGUUUCCGCCCUGAUUAAACCACCCCGACACAUUCUCACACAACUGGGCCUCUAAGUGUGCGCGAAAGGGCAGAGUAGUAGCCAUACAUAGCCCUUCUUAACAUGGCCCUCGUGGAGAGGCAAGAGCCUCUGAGUGCCCUGUUCUCGCUAACUCAGAGCUGAAUGAGCCUGAGCCGAAUUGAAGAGUCAUCCUCUAAAACGACGGAGUGUACGAGCACACUCUUUUCUGGGGAGUGUAGACCUGGUGAUGGGACGUGCUUUAAAAAGAAGUUUUAAAAAAGGAGAAGACGAUGACUUUGAAAUAGUGAAAAAAAAAAAAAACAAGAACAAACUGAAAAAAACUGCAUCCUAAACCCUUCUCAGCACCGGAGAACUCUGAUCUCCAGAGACAGUACCUGCCUAUACUCCACCGCCCCGCCCCUCAGUGCUCCAUCAGCCAACCAGAGACCGGCCCCUGCCACUAACUCAACAAUAGGAUUCUAGUUUGUUUGUGUUGUUUCUCUUGAGGAAAAAAGAAAAAAAUGAAAAGGAAAAAAAAAAAAAAA